AUGGUGGCUCGGAAGUUUCUCGUUCGCCACGACGACUCCGACUUCGCAGUCGACUAUGACACAGACGACGGCCUUGAAGUUUUCAAGUUCCAGCUUUUCUCUCUCACUUCUAUACCUCCCGAUGAACAGAAGAUAUUGGGAAGUGACGAUGAUCGUGCUGUAUUGGACGACUCCGAUCUCGUCUCCAUCUCCGAAAGGCUUCGAUUGGUAUCUGUUAACGGUCAAGUCAAAAAAGAACAAGACUUGGGCGGUCAUGGUGCUGAAAUGGAAAAAUUUGAUGAAGAAUUGGCUCGGAUGUUGCAGGAGGAAGAAGACGCGCUUAUGUUUCAGCAAUUUGAUCGUGAAGAGGAAAUUGAGAGGAGGAUACGGCCUUACAUCAGUCAAGUUCUAAUGGUAAUUGAAAUUAGGAUCUUUCUGAUUCUAUUAGUUCCUUUAGUUAUCUCUCCUACUCUGCCUUUCUUCCUUCGAAUUGCUGAGUGUAAGAAAAAGAGUAAAGCUUUCGCUUGUACAAUCCAACCGACCUGA